AUAUACAAAUCAAAGUUCAGAAAUGACGAGUAAACUAGGAAUAAAAUGGGCUCCGAUUUUUGGUCUACCCCUCAAGAGACGACUCCAAACGGCCGCCGUUAUGCACUACCCAUUAGGUCUAAUCUUUGUACCAUUUUUAAGUCUAUUUCUAGCUUACUACCUCUUAAUGACAAUCAUUUGGUGGAUCGUGCCUGCAUAUUUGGCUUGGAUGGUCUACGAUAUUGCUAUAUGUAAAACGUCUUCCAGGGGAGGACGGCGGAUAGAAUACUUUAGGCAUCUAAAAAUUUGGAAAUAUUUUCGAGACUAUUUUCCGAUAACAUUGAUUAAGACUGCUGAUUUAGAUCCAUCUAGAAAUUAUAUUAUGGGCUCUCAUCCGCAUGGAAUUCUUGGAUGCGGAGCAUUCUGUAAUUUUGCCACAGAGGCUAAUAAUGUGUCUAAAGUGUUCCCUGGAAUAACCCCUCAUAUUUUGACUCUGAUAAGUAAUUUCAAUUGGCCGAUAGUCCGUGGCUACAUUAUGUGGUUGGGCAUCUGUGACGUGAGUAAGGAAAGUAUAAAAUGGAUAUUGACUAAAAAAGGUCAAGGACAAGCCGCGAUUAUAGUCGUAGGAGGAGCGCAAGAGGCACUUGACGCACGACCAAAUAAUUACAUUCUGACAUUGAAGAACAGGAAAGGUUUUGUCAAACUGGCUUUGCAACAGGGGGCGUCCCUCGUUCCAAUCUACUCUUUUGGUGAGAAUGACCUAUUUAACCAGGCCCCGAAUCCCCAUGGUUCUCGCCUCCGUAAAUUUCAAAUCCUUUUUAAAAAACUAAGUGGUAUAGCACCAGCAUUCUUCUACGGUCGGGGAGUCUUCAAUUAUACUUUCGGUUUUGUUCCACAUCGUAAACCUGUUCGGACAGUUGUGGGGAAGCCAAUAUAUCUGGAAAAGGAACCGAAUCCAACAAAAGAAAGAAUUAACGAAGUGCACCAGCAGUAUAUGGAUGGAUUAACGAGAAUUUUCGAAGACUAUAAAGAAAAAUUCGGAGUAGAUAAAGAUACUAAAUUGGAAUUUGUCUGAUAUUCAAAAAAAUGAGAAAAAGUACAAAAAAAAUAAACAUAAAUAAAAAGCAAGAGAGAGAGAGAGAGAGUGAGAAAGAGAAUAGGAAUUGAUCGAUAAAGAGAAAGUAAUAAAAAAUAUAUCUUAUAAGCAUUUUUUUAUAAAAAAAAAACGCGUAGAAUAUGAUUAGAUAAAUACCAAAAAAAAGGGAAAAAAUUCCUCAAACUAACAAUACAGAAACACUUUUAAAAUAUAAAAGUUUAUAGUAUUUGAUGUUUUAAAUAAUGCCUGAAAUAGCAUAAUAAUAACAAAAUGACUGGACAAAAGUCCAAUAUUCCAACACUUGACAUAAUUGUAAUAAUAAUGGAAUUUCUGAUGAGAUAAAAAUUACAUAAUUUACUCUUUGAUAACUAAAAGAAAUAUCUAUAUGAUAUGCUUUAGACAAAACUUUCCGUUACUAUUACUAUUACUACUACUGCUUACUACUACAGCUAAUACUAUUGGUACUAUUUUCGUCUUAUUUUCUUCAUUUUAAAUCAUGCGUAGGACGUCGAAGAAAUGAUAAAGAUUAGAAAAGAAACGUCUUAGAUGCUUCGGAAAAAGACGUUCUUACUAAAUCUUGUAUACUGUUUAUGAAAAAUAUAACGUUAUAAUAUUACAUAAAAU